AUGGACACUACUUUCUCCGGUUCUGGUAGCGGGCAACUUCUCCACAAGUCCCCUGGAAAAAAAUCCGGUCACUCGAUACCAAUGCAAGAAAUGGCAAGGCAGAGAAGACGAGAGAUGAUCAACAAACAGACGAAUCAGAGCAAUCAUCUUCCACCUCGCAAUCACACCCACAAACUCGCCCUUGUCCACAUCAUCAUCCCCGUCCUCAUCGUCCUCGUCGGGUGCAUAGUCCUCGUCGGGUGGCGUAUCGAUCAGAAUCGCCUCCGCUUCGAGACAUCACACGAUCACCCUCUGAUCGCCACGCUCCCCGCAACAACACACAACUUUACGGGUCUGGAUCUGGAUCUCCGACAGAUAGUCUCCGGCAUCCCCGUCUCCAACAUCACGCAGAUUCACAUGUACCCAUUCAUCUGGAAGGAAACGCAGCGGACAAUCCGCCAGGUCGAGAUGUACGUAACGCGCUUUCGGGGUACGUGUGCGGCCUCUGCUUCGAGGUACAAUGACCCGUUGCGCGAGGCGCUGGAAGCCGAUGCACUCGCAAGAGCGACGGAAGGUUGGGACGGCCGUUUCUUGCGAGAUCUCGAUUGGGUUGAAUUGCCGUUUCUGCGUUCGUUUCUACGUUCGUGCUGGGAAGGUGGCCGGACGAUGGUUGCAAUAGAGGAUGCCAUCAAGAACUCUCGGCGGAGGUUUCCCGGCACGAUCGCGGAGAUUGAAGCGUCGUUCCAAACACUGGCCGAGGCGUACAAAACCACGGCGGAGCUAUUUCGUGCUCUGCAAGAGGGUCCGCUGGAGUUUGCUGCCAAGGUCGCGCAGGAGGGCGACGAGGGCUAUGUGGAUGACUUUCGGCAUGUCCUCGGGAGAUGCGUGGCGCGUGUGGAGAGCGCGGUGGAGGAGGUGAAUGAUGGUGGAAAGGCAUGGCGGAUCGAGGCGGAGACUGACACUGACGGUGUUGAGUGA